AAAGACAAGACGGGAGGCAGAAUGAGUGAAGAGGUGCCAGUUUCUCCCGGCUGGCUGGCUCAAGAUCCCACCUGGGGCAGCAGCGGUGCGGGGAGCAUAGAAAACAUCACCGUCGGAACAUACCCACCUGCAGUUGUCCUGCCGGCAAGGCCACCCGCUGAGCUGUUGGUAAACCCGUGGGACAUCGUGCUGUGUUCAUCUGGCACCCUUAUAGCCUGCGAGAAUGCCCUGGUGGUUUUGGUCAUCUGGCAGAACCCGGCACUGCGCGCCCCAAUGUUUUUGCUGAUCGGCAGCCUAGCUCUAGCUGACUUAUUGGCCGGUUUAGGGUUAGUCCUGCACUUUACCUUUGCUUACCUACUUCGAUCUGACUCGGCACAGCUGUUGACUGUAGGUCUGGUGGUGGCAUCCUUCUCAGCAUCUGUUUUUAGCCUGCUCGCUAUUACCAUUGACCGCUACCUGUCAUUGUACUACGCCCUCACCUACAACUCAGAGCGAACGGCCGCAUUCACAUACACCAUGCUGGUGCUUCUAUGGGGAGUAUCGUUAUGUUUGGGUUUGCUGCCGGUUACCGGUGUGAAUUGCCUGGGCCAGGAGGUGAACUGCAGUGUGGUUUGGCCCCUAACAAAAAACAACGUAGCCGUUCUGUCCAUCUCCUUCCUUCUGCUGUUCGGCCUCAUGCUUCAGCUCUACGUUCAGAUCUGUAAAAUUGUCAUGCGACAUGCGCACCAAAUCGCCCUCCAACACCACUUUUUAGCUGCAAGCCCUCACUAUGUCACAACGCGGAAAGGUGUAUCCACCCUGGCGAUCAUUCUGGGCACAUUUGCUGCCUGCUGGAUGCCGUUUACAGUUUACUCACUAAUAGCCGAUUAUACAUACCCGCCCCUUUACACGUAUGCCACCCUGGUUCCCGCAACCUACAACUCGGUCAUCAACCCGGUAAUUUAUGCCUUCCGCAAUCACGAGAUCCAGAAAGCAUUGUGGCUGGUGUGCUGCGGAUGUAUCCCUGCCAGCGUGGCGCAUCGUGCACGGACCCCCAGCGACGUCUGAUGUGCCUAGGAAAUUACACAGGCCAGAGAAUCCCCCAGUCCCUGGGACGAGAAGGGGCGUGCGUGUCACCCGUUUUAUGUCUUCCCCUAAUUGUUAUGUGACAACCACUGCCACACAAUCUUUGCCUGAUCCCAAUCCGACCAGCUGGCACACUCUUUCCAGGAAAAAAAGGGGCGGAAACGGAUGCUGUGUAGCAGGCAGCUGUAAAUAUCUUGUACAUAUAUAUGCCUUUGCAUUUUUGUGCUUGUUCUGGCUUGGCCACAGCGACAGCCCCCUGUUGCAUGGGCUGUGAAGGAGGAGGAUGAGGGGCAGCACGAGGCGGUCCUCUUGACUGGAUCCUGUAGCUCAUUCAUCUCGUCUUGCUGUUGCUGCAUUCAAGAACGUGCACUGAACAUUAAGAAACCGCGGUGUGCUAAAAAUAGACAAGAUGUUUGGUGAUCUGCGCCUUGCAUGCUCCGAAGAAACCGACCUGGAGAACGCGCGCACGUGAGAGAGAGAGGAGCGCACUCUCUCUUCUGUUUGAUUUAAAUCUCA